AUGACGGUUGCGCUCAGGUUUCACACGCUUGCUCGGCGCUCGAGUCCCUCCUGGUCCGCCAAUGCCUUGCAGCGCAUCUCGCCGUUGCGGAGCUAUUCCAGCGCCGCUUCGGCGUUCGAUGGGACGCUGCCUCUGGCUGGAAUUCGAGUACUUGAUAUGACGCGGGUUCUGGCAGGUCCGUACUGUACUCAGAUCCUGGGCGAUUUGGGGGCAGACGUUAUUAAGAUCGAACACCCCGUGCGCGGCGACGAUACUCGGGCUUGGGGCCCUCCAUACGCGAAGUACGAGGACGCAUCGAAAGAGGGUCCUGGCGAAAGUGCCUACUUUUUGGCGGUCAACCGCAACAAGAAGUCUGUUGGACUGUCGUUCCAGCACAAGUCAGGCGUCGAAAUCCUCCACAAGCUUGCAAAGGAAUGUGAUGUCCUCGUCGAGAACUAUCUUCCAGGAGGACUAAAGAAAUACGGGAUGGAUUAUGAGACCCUCCGAGAGAUCAACCCCAAGUUGAUAUAUGCCAGUAUCACCGGCUACGGCCAGACAGGACCGUACAGUAACCGGGCUGGUUACGAUGUCAUGGUGGAGGCUGAGAUGGGAUUGAUGCACAUUACGGGGUCGCGGGACGGCCCUCCCGUCAAAGUUGGUGUGGCAGUCACCGAUUUGACCACCGGACUUUACACAUCUAAUGCCAUCAUGGCUGCGCUGCUUGCCCGAGUUCGAACGGGCAAAGGCCAGCAUAUCGAUGCUUGUUUGAGCGACUGCCAGGUCGCUACUCUGGCGAACUUGGCCAGUUCCGCACUCAUCAGCGGCCAAAAGGAUUCAGGACGCUGGGGCACGGCUCAUCCAUCUAUUGUACCGUACCGGAGCUACAAAACCCUCGACGGUGACAUUCUUUUCGGUGGCGGGAAUGACCGACUGUUCGGUGUGCUAUGCGAUCGACUUGGAUUCCCUGAGUGGAAGACCGAUGCUCGCUUCAUCACCAAUAGCGACCGGGUGAAGCACCGAGCUGACAUUGAUGGCUUAAUUGAAGGCAUCACCCAGCAGAAGACCACAAAGGAAUGGCUGGGGAUCUUCGAAGGCAGCGGCAUGCCCUAUGCGGCCGUCAAUGACAUCCAGGGAACCCUGAACCACGAUCACGUUCUAGCAAGAGGCAUGGUCGCUGAAGUCGAUCACCCAGCCUGCGGCCCCAUCAAGCUGGUCAACACACCCAUCAAAUACUCCGAGGCCAGACCCGGUGUGCGCACACCGCCACCUACUCUUGGACAACACACCGACGAGAUUCUGGGAAGCGUUCUCAAUUAUGAAGAGGCAGAUAUCGCCCGAUUGAAGGCAGAGGGGGUAGUGUCUUAA